CCCUCCUUUCCUCCUUGAAGAGAUCGACACAGCUUCAUCAUGUCGGCCUGUUGUAGACAUGUUCUGGGUUUGCUCUUAUCCAUCAUUGGCUUUUUAGGGACGAUAUUCAUCUGCGCACUGCCGCUAUGGAAAACCUCAGCUUUAGUUGGUUCAAGCAUCACCACUUCUCAGAUCCACUUUGAGGGUCUGUGGGUGAUGUGUGUGAUAAGGAGUACAGGCAAUAUGCAGUGCAAAUCCUAUGAUUCUAUACAGGACUUACCUAAAGACCUGCAGGGUGCCAGAGUGCUCAUCGUUUUUGCUAUCAUCAUCCAGUUCUGUGGGAUUCUGCUUAGCGUGGUUGGGAGCAAAUGCAUCAACAUUGUGCCAAACAAAUGGCAAAAGACCAAAGUGGUUAUAGCUUCCGGAGCUUUGUUUACUAUAUCAGGUUUCUUGGUGGCCCUACCAGUCAGCUCAUGUUGGAUCAACCUCACCAUUAGUAUGAAAUCCAACAGCCUUUUCCUGGCCAACAUUCAUAGAGUGGAGCCGGGAGACGUACUCUACAUCGGCUGGGCCACUGCAGGACUGCUGUAUCUGGGAGGAGGCCUCCUCUGCUGCUCCUUUUCCUCCAGGAAUGAGACUGAAUAUGAGGUUGGAUACUCCAGGGCUGAGUCUGUGGAAGCAAGAUAA